CAACUAUUCUUGUCCUUCUGUUGUUUUCCUCUGUCUAUUCUCUCCUGUUCUUCUUCUUUUAAUUCUUCUCCUCGUCUAGUCCUGGUGUCUAGUUUCUCACUCUUGCAAACAAAAAAUCGUCAAUCUCAUCCAGUCUCUCUCUCUCUCUCUCUCAUAACUUAAUCGCCACCAUGGAGGCCAGCUCUUUCAAAAACCCUGCCUCUGUCAAGCAUGAGGCUGCCUCGUCACACUUCGAGGUGGACGCCAACGACCUCUACCUCCGGAAGCAGGCCAGGACUGUUGCUAUGAUUGACGCCGUCAGGAUAGGCAUUACCACUCUUGCCCUCCUCAGCGGCGUCGCCACCCUGGGCUUGUCCGGCAAUGCUCUCUCCGUCUACAACUCGACACACCUGUCCGAGGCCAGCUGGCUGUCGCUGUGGCCUGCCAAGUUUGACCUGCGGCCUACGGUGGCCCUCGUCGUCGGUAGCUCCAUCGUCACCAUUGCCAACAUCGCCGGUCUGCUGUGCAGCAAGGUGCCACACAUCCGCAAUAAUACCCCCCUCCACACACCAAUGAUGUUUGCCGCUCCCUUCCUCGGUUUUGCGGCCGCCCUGAUCGCCAUCAUCUUCUUCUACGCCAUUAACGCCUCCACCACCGUCGACUCCCUGCUCAGCUGGACAUGCCGCUGGACCUCCGUCUCCAUGUCCUCCGCCCCCUACUUCGGCACACUGUGCCAUGCGAGCUGGGCCUCCGUCGUGCUGGCCGUCGUCCUCGUGCCGCUUGAGGCACUUGCCCUCUGCGCCGCAGGCUGGCAGCUCAAGACUGAAAGGCACACCAUGAACUAUGCCUCGGCGAGGAAAGGCAGCCAGAGCCCCGGUGCCUGAGUGGUCUGCGUGACGGCUAUGGUGACAGUCUAGGUAGAUGGUGGGAGCAUAUCAAUGGUGACGGUCUUGGGAAGAAGUUUCUUCAGGUAUGGAUAGGAUAUUUUUGCUCACUUGACAAGCAUCACGUCGGGUGGGGUUAGGUUUGGUAUAAUCUGUAUUUCAGCAGAGGGCUCACAGAGGGCUUGAUGUGGUUUUUCAUUCUUUUUUCUCAAUUUUCAUAUCUAUCCAAGGGUAGAGACAAAGUGUAAGCCUGGUAUCAUGUCUCAAGGCGUAUAGGCCAACCAUACAAUGGAUGGACACCUCCCGAAAUU